GUGCAAUGUGUAAGAAUUCUGUGGAUCUAUUGACAGAAAUGCAAUAUAAAAUCCAUAACUAUGUGUUUAGUAGUGUAUAAAGACCUUACUUAAUGAACCGUAAAGUUUGUAUUACCUUAGAAUGAGUCUUUUAAAUCUACAUAGGGGUGGGAAUCCCCUUCUAUGAAGGCAGCCAUGUUGUGACGUCAUAUUUCUACUGUAGCCGACAGCGGACAAACAUCGUUACAGAGCGCGUUUCGUAUAUAACCGGAAUCAGAAGCAGCAGAAAAAGACGCUGCAGAAUUUCCGGAAUAACGAUGGACCACACUUACUGUUCAGGUAAAGAUCCGAUAUCGCCGGGUAAAUCUACUUCAAAGAAGAGAAAGCAUGAUGAAGCUAGAAAAAUAAGGCAGAAUCGUAGACAAAAAUCGCGGGUCAACAUCGGUGUGGCCUUUCCUAGAUGGAAGGAUCUUAUGAGGGAAAAGGGCUUUCAUAGCGACGCCGAGGUUGCCUGUUUUCUGCUAGACAGGUAUGAGACAGGUCCUACAACAUCAACUCCCUUGAAGACAAAACCUUUUCAAGUCCCAGCUACAGCAUUGUCAAGUAUAGGUGCUUCCAGUGGAACAGACAGAGAUGAGCAUCUUGAUGUCAUUGUUGAAGCCACUGAAAUUCAGGGCCUUGAACAAAGGUCAACCAUUUUUGGUGGUGUUGCAAGACUGCCGACACACGUGAGAAAUUUCUUGCAUUAUGGGUAGGCAUCCUUCACCAUGUCUGCAACAUUCACACAUGGACUAUGGGAAGCUGUCAACACGGUCACCUUGAAUCAGAGCAAAUACGGGAAAAGGCGUGGAUCCAGAGAGACUCACAGUCCCACAAAGCUUUAGUGGAUAUAGUCCUAAAUAAGAGGUGGCAGAAAGAUGUCCACAAAUAUCUGAAAUUCAGAUCGACUGCAGACCUAGAGUCAUUCAAUAACCACAUCCUGAUGUAUGCUAGCAAGCGCUAUGCAUUCAGCCCUCCAGUUUAUGAGGCAAGAAUUCUGCUUGCUGCUUUGGACUACAAUUACCACCUGAACCGACCAACACUGAAAACAUUGGAUGGGAAAGAAAUUUUCAAAAAACUGUAUAAGAAGAACGCUAGAAGAUACAGUGUAUAUGCCAUGAAAACAGAAAAAACAUACAGAUACAUUUCCGAGCUGCAAGGAAGGAUUGUAAAUAACAGAAUCACAAGCGGAGUGGGGAUGCCUAGAAGGAGGAGCCUUCGACCAGAUGACCCAAGACAGCUUGGUUUGGUGCCCCCUGUACCUGCACCAGCCACAUCUGAAUUGUUGCAGAGACAAGUCAGAAGAGGUCUAGGACCAUUACUCCAACCAGCAUCCGAUAUGGAAGGAUCCCCAUAGGAGAUCACCUUGCAUGUGUCCUUGUCAGCAGGAUCACGAAGGAAAUAAUUUCAAUUCAACGUCAAAAUCAUUGAUUUCAACUAGUUUCAUUUUAUCGAGUUAAAAACAGUGUUAACAGCGCAUAUUAUUCUCAGUGGUAGCUCAAAUUAAAGUGUUCAAUUUUGAUCAAUAAUGAGAAUUAAGGCUACAGAUGUAUAAUGUUUUGAAAAUAUGUAAAAAUAAAAUUGAUUUUGAUAAUUUGAA